AUGAAUAUAUUCGUCUUCAUUUUCAUUUUACCCCUAGUUUCCACCGACACCCGCCUGUCUAGAUUUUUCGGUGUGGGUUUGGUACGAUUCGAAAAUAGCGUAUGCACGGCCGCUAGUAAUAAUCUCGGUACUUGUUACACGAGAUGGCAAUGCCAGGACGUGGACGGAGUGGCUUCCGGUUCUUGCGCCUCAAACAUCGGGGUGUGCUGUGUUGUUAUAAGACACUGUGGGGAAACCAGUAGCUACAACAACACCUACUUCGUCAACGACAAUUUCCCAAACCCCACGACGGAUGGUACUAGUUGUACCCUGACAAUCCAGAAGUGCAACAACGACAUUUGCCAGAUUCGCAUCGACUUCUUGAGUUUAAACCUAGCCCAACCUAACCCGCAAGGCGUGUGCGACACGGACGCCCUAACUAUAACAGGUGGAGCCGGACCUGUGCCUGUAAUCUGUGGAGAAAACACAGGCCAACACGUCUAUGUGGAUUUCAACGGGAAUAACACCAUUCAGCUGACGGUGACGACCUCAAGUGCCGAAAAUAUAGGCCGGAACUGGAAUUUUUUGAUCACCCAAAUCGCCUGUGAUUGUCCAACUAGAGCUCCGAUUGGGUGCUUGAUGUACUACACCGCUCUCUCGGGUACUGUGAACAGCUUCAAUUACGGUACUUCUGGUAACGAGAUAGACCCUACUACUGGACUUCCUGGUACUAGAGAACUAGUGAAUGAAAACUAUGGGGUCUGUGUGGCCAUGAUCCCUGGGUACUGUUCCAUCGAGUGGAGCGCCGCCUGUGACAACUGUUUCAUAGUUUCGGGGGAUUUGGGUGCCUUGGGGAUGGUAAGCCUGACUGGGUCGGACUGCAAUUCGGACUUCGUGGUAAUUCCGAACCCUUCGUACGUUAAUGGUACUCCUGUCAAUUCCGAUAGGUUUUGUGGAACGGACUUUCCAACUGUUGUUACUAGCUCGAAGCCGUUCGUUCUGACCGUUGUCACAAACGGAAAUGAAAUCAACGAUACCCAAAAUCGCGGGUUUUCACUGACUUAUACACAACGACGGUGUUCAACAAUGAUGACAAUCACAUAACAAGAUUUUAUUUUCCUAAUAAAGCCCCAGAACAUUGAUUUUGGGUGUACAUUAAUGAGAAUCCUCGGUUUGCUACGUCAGUGGGAGGUACGUCGGAACCAUCUGUAACCACCGUUAGGACGAAGGGUUUGGAUGAUGCUGCAAAAUACAGUUGG